AUGGCCUUGACUGACGGCGGCUGGUGCCUGCCGAAGCGCUUCGGGGCCGCGCCUGCGGACGCCAGCGACUCCGGAGCCUUUCCAGCGCGGGAGCCCUCUACGCCGCCUUCCCCCAUCUCCUCCUCUUCUUCCUCCUGCUGCUCUCGCGGUGGGGAGCGCGGCCCCGGCGGCGCCAGCAACUGCAGGACACCGCAGCUCGACACGGAGGCGGCGGCGGGACCCACGGCCCGCUCGCUGCUGCUUAGCCCCUACGCCUCGCAUCCCUUCGGGGCUCCCCACGGACCUUCGGCGCCGGGGAUCUCUGGCCCCGGGGGCGCCCUGUCGAGCUGGGAGGACCUAUUGCUCUUCACUGACCUCGACCAGGCCGCGACCGCCAGCAAGCUGCUGUGGUCCAGCCGCGGCGCCAAGCUGAGCCCUUUCGCCCCCGAGCAGCCCGAGGAGAUGUACCAGACCCUCGCCGCCCUCUCCAGCCAGGGGCCCGCCGCUUACGACGGCGCGCCCGGCGGCUUCGUGCACUCGGCGGCCGCCGCGGCUGCGGCCGCGGCCGCGGCGAGCUCCCCAGUCUACGUUCCCACUACGCGCGUGGGCUCCAUGCUGCCCGGCCUGCCGUACCUCCAGGGGGCGGGCGGCGGGCCCGCCAAUCACGCGGGCGGCGCGGGCGCGCACCCCGGCUGGCCCCAGGCCUCCGCCGACAGUCCCCCGUACGGCAGCGGAGGCGGCGCGCCAGCCGGCGGGGCGGCGGGGCCCGGCAGCGCCAGCUCCGCCGCGGCGCACGUUUCGGCGCGCUUCCCCUACUCGCCCAGCCCGCCCAUGGCCAACGGCGCGGCUCGGGACCCGGGGGGCUACGCGGCGGCCGGCGGCGGGGGCGCGGGCGGCGUGAGCGGUGGAGGCGGCAGUCUGGCGGCCAUGGGCGGCCGCGAGCACCAAUAUGGCUCGCUGUCGGCCGCGCGGCCGCUGAACGGGACGUACCACCACCAUCACCACCACCACCCGAGCGCCUACUCGCCCUACGUGGGUGCACCGCUGACGCCCGCCUGGCCCGCCGGACCCUUCGAGACCCCGGUGCUUCACAGCCUGCAGAGCCGCGCCGGAGCCCCGCUCCCUGUGCCGCGGGGCCCCAGCGCAGACCUGCUGGAGGACCUGCCUGAGAGCCGCGAGUGCGUGAACUGCGGCUCCAUCCAGACGCCACUGUGGCGGCGGGACGGCACCGGCCACUACUUGUGCAACGCCUGCGGCCUCUACAGCAAGAUGAACGGCCUCAGCCGGCCCCUCAUCAAGCCGCAGAAGCGCGUGCCUUCCUCCCGCCGGCUUGGAUUGUCCUGUGCCAACUGUCACACCACAACCACCACUUUGUGGCGCAGAAACGCCGAGGGUGAACCUGUGUGCAAUGCUUGUGGACUCUACAUGAAACUCCAUGGGGUGCCUCGACCGCUUGCUAUGAAAAAAGAGGGAAUUCAAACGAGGAAACGAAAACCUAAGAACAUAAAUAAGUCAAAAGCUUGCUCCGGUAAUAGCAAUACUUCUGUUCCCAUGACUCCAACUUCCACCUCUUCUAACUCAGAUGACUGCAGCAAAAAUACUUCCCCUACGACACAACCGACAGCCUCAGGGGCAGGCGCCUCAGUGAUGUCUGGAGCAGGGGAGAGCGCUAAUCCCGAGAACAGCGAGCUCAAGUACUCAGGUCAAGAUGGGCUGUACAUCGGCGUCAGCCUGGCCUCGCCGGCCGAAGUCACGUCGUCGGUGAGACAGGAUUCCUGGUGUGCCCUGGCCCUGGCCUGA